AUGAUCUAUCAACCUCAAAAAUUGUUGAAAGAUAUUGAUCCUGCAGAAGUUCAAAAAUUCAAAGGGUUAUUCAAUGCAGAAGUCACCGAGGUGGCAGGAAUCGUCGUUCAAGCAACUUGUCUUGAUGACAUUGUCAAAACCGUUAAAUUUGUCGGUCAAUAUAAUUUGGAUUUUGCCGUUUGUGGAGGUGGUCAUUCAACAUCCGGUAGUUCAAGCUCCGAGGGAGGAGUCGUGUUAAAUAUGAGGAAAUUAAAUAAAGUAAGGGUUGACGUCGAAAAGAAAUUCAUUUAUGCUCAAGGAGGAGCCGUUUUUGGUGAAGUUGAUAGAGAAGCCUGGAAAUAUGGAUUGGCUACGGUUGGGGGUACGGUUGAACAUACUGGUAUUGUAAAGGAAUUAUCGGAAACCGUAAAUGAGGAUUUGUUUUGGGCAAUUCGAGGAGGGGGUCCAAACUUUGGAGUAGUUUAUGAAUUUAUUUAUAAAGCAUAUGAGCAAAAAGAGGUUUGCUUUGGUAUAUUAGUAUACCCUAGCGAAAAGUUAAAAUUAAUUGUAGAUGCUGUUAAUGAAUUGCUUAAAGAAAAUUCUGGACCUGAUCGUACUAUUACCAUUAUUUUUAAUAGACCUCCUCCAGAGUUUCAGCCUGUUUUAAUGCUUUUGUUAUACUCUAAUGACCCAUCUGAAAAAGUCUUUCGGGAAAGGUUCUCAACAAUUUAUAAAUAUGGUGAAUAUGUUAAGGAAUUAGUAGAAUGCAUACCUUAUCCAAAGAUGAAUACAUUAGCAAAUGCGAAUGCAACGUUCGGGGAUCGUAAAGCACUUCGUGAUGCUCACAUUUCAAUUUUAACUUAUUCAACAGUUUGCAAAGCUUAUGAUUCUUACGUGAAAUUCACUAAUGAAAAUCCAACAAUUGGCAGAUCAGCUAUAAUGUUUGAAUUUUAUUCUUAUGAUAAAUUUGCUUCAAUCCCUUCUAAAGCUACCGCAUUCGCUCAUCGUAAACCUUUAUAUAACGUCGUGAUAUCACAACGAUGGAUCAAUGAAGAUGAUGAUCAGAUCGUUUAUGAUUGGGCUAAAAAUUUGCAAGAAAUUAUUAACUUGGAUGGUGAUGGUGAUGAAACCGUUUACAUGAAUUUUGAAAAUUUUAUUGAAGGAAUGGAAUAUAAAGGAGAGAAAUUAAAAAAGUUUUAUGGUGAAAAUUUAGAAAGGUUAAAAGAAUUGAAAAGAAAAUAUGAUCCUAAUAUUCUCUUUAGGAAAGGCACGGUUAUCUGGCCAUGA